AUGAGAUACUCAGUUGUCCUCCUCGCUGUGGCUCUGGCUCUCUUCUCGCCAUGGGGAACUGGGGCGCCCGUCCUCAGGCGUCAUCCUCAGAACAAGCUUCUCCUCGUGUCCUUUGAUGGCUUCCGCUGGAACUACGACCAGGAUGUGGACACCCCCAACCUGGAUGCCAUGGCUCGCGAUGGGGUGAAAGCACGCUACAUGACCCCGGCCUUCGUCACCAUGACUAGCCCCUGCCACUUCACACUGGUCACUGGCAAAUACAUUGAGAACCAUGGGGUGGUCCAUAACAUGUUCUACAACACCACCAGCAAGGUGAAGCUGCCCUACCAUGCCACACUAGGCAUCCAGAGGUGGUGGGACAAUGGCAGCGUGCCCAUCUGGAUCACAGCACAGAGGCAGGGCUUAAAGGCAGGUUCCUUCUUCUACCCUGGGGGAAAUGUCACCUACCAAGGAGAGGCUGUGGCGCUGAGCAGAAAGGAAGGCGUUCUGCACAACUACAAAGAUGAGAAGGAGUGGCGGGAAAACGUGGACACGGUGAUGCGGUGGUUCACGGAGGAGAAGGCGGCGCUGGUCACUCUAUACUUUGGGGAGCCAGACUCCACUGGCCACAAGUAUGGUCCCGAGUCCCCAGAGAGGAAGGAGAUGGUGAAGCAGGUGGACAGGACCGUGGGCUACCUCCGGGACAGCAUGGAGCGCCACAACCUCACAAGCAGCCUGGACCUGAUCGUCACAUCCGACCAUGGCAUGACAACUGUCAACCAGAGAGCCAGUGAUCUGGUGGAGUUUCACAGAUUUCCCAACUUUACCUUCCGGGACAUCGAGUUUGAGCUCCUGGACUAUGGGCCCAAUGGGAUGUUGAUUCCUAAGGAAGGGAAGCUAGAGGAGGUGUACCGAGUCCUCAAGGACGCCCAUCCCAGGUUGCACGUGUACAAGAAGGAGGAAUUCCCCAAGGCCUUGCACUAUGCCAGCAACCCCAGGAUCACGUCACUGCUCAUGUACAGCGACCUUGGCUAUGUCAUUCAUGGGAGAAUCAACGUCCAGUUUAACAAGGGGGAACACGGCUUUGACAAUGAAGCCAUGGACAUGAAGACCAUCUUCCGGGCCGUGGGCCCCAGCUUCAAGGCAGGCCUGGAAGUAGAGCCCUUUGAGAGCAUCCAUGUGUACGAGCUGAUGUGCCAACUGCUGGGCAUUGUGCCCGAGCCCAAUGAUGGGCAUCCUGAUACACUGAGACCCAUGCUCCACUCAGUGUCUCCUCUCCUGCCCAGGAGCCAGCCCUCCUUGCUGAUGACACUGUUGGGGACCCUGACAGUUCUGACCAAGGUCGCAUAA